CCCACCGCGGCGGUGACAGCAAUCGGAGAGUUUCCGUGCCGGGCCAGGGUAUUUCAGGAGUGCUGGGCAGCGCAGAGAGGGGAGGGCUGCUUCUCCGUGUGGGCACGAGGCUGGCAAGCUCCUCCGCAUGCCACAAAGGCUCCCCUGACUUGGGACCAAUUUCCUUGGCUCUCACUGUUUUCUGCCGAGACUUGUAGCGCGGAGCACUCUGUCGGCUGCGAUUGGCUCGCCUCUGUUUGAGAGUACGGUUUUUUUUAAUCGCGUGUAGAUUUUUUUUCUUCUUUUUCCGUGGGAGGGGGGGGGGAGUAGAGGCCGGGAGAGAGAAGUAAAUGGAAUUACGUUUUCGCAGCUAAUCUGUGGCUGAAUGUAGACGAAACAGUAAAUGUUUGCUUAAUCAAGCCGGUAUUCUGUGAACGCGUUCCGGUUUUUUGUUGUUAUCGACUGUUGCGUGCCGAGACGGGGCAAGCAUUCCAGGGGAUUGACAAUUCUUCGCAGUGUGGUUGCACCUUGGUGCGAGGAAGACGUUCCGUUAUUCUCCGUGGUGCCAGAGAGGGCCUCAAGAAAACAAAGUCUGCGCCUGGGCUUCAAUUAAUUUUUUCUGCUUUUUCCAGUGCCGCUCAGAUCGUUCGAGGUUGCAGUCAGCAUUCGCCUGCCUGACAUUGCGUAAUGUGUGAUAACACAUCUGCGUUUUAGCGUUGCGGUUAGGACAUUUCAGUGAACAUUCUGUUCCACAAGGACUUAGAAAGGGAAAUGCGUACCCAACAGUCUCUUUUUCUGGUGCCAAAGUUUAAUUAAGAUAGAGCUGUGCCCGAACAACGACAUAAACGCAAACAAACGGUCAACCCCAAUUACCUUGUUGGAAGCUGGCGAUAGGGUAAUACAAUGCAGACUUGUCAACGCUUUAUGAAGGACCACGGUCAGGAAAAAUACUCCUGCUGUUGUAAAUCUUUAUCUUACAUAGUUUGCAUUUACGCGGAAUUUAACUUUUUGAACAACUAGGGCGAAACAAGCUCUUUACGCUUUUUUAUAUUUGUGCAGUGCCAGUGAUGAACAAAAGCCAAUAAUCUAAAAAAGUAAACACCUUUUCCCGAAGUGCUGCCAUUAGCUGAGCGGACCUGAAGCAGCCAGAUUUGUAGGACGAGCGAAAAGAGAGACACGGACGCAGACAGCGGAGCCACCGGAGCAGCGUUCGCUGCCCAACGCUGGGCAUCCAGAGGGCCUCCUCGUCCGCCGGGAGGGCACGACGAGGACACAUGGCCGUGCCGGACGGGGGGCGGCUGUCCAGCUGCUGCCUGCUGCUGCUGUUGGGGAUGAGCGCGUGCCGAGCGCGGGCCCAGGGUGGCGCGGGGGCCUCCUCGGCACGCGGCGGUGCCGGCGCCGGCCGCUCCGUCGGCUCGGCCUCCUCCCCGUCGGGAGGCGUGGACGCCUCGGGCCGGCGCUACCACCGGCUUCAGCACGGCGCGUGCACCUACACCUUCCUGCUGCCCGAGCUAGGGGCGGCGGCGGACGGCUCCGGCUGCAGGGCGGCCCCGGUGGCGGGGGGCGGCCCCCCCUUCCCGUCGCCGCCGCACAGCGGCAACGCCCUGCAGCGCGACGCGCCCCCGCCCCCCGCCGCCGAGCCCGACUGGGCGCUGCAGCGCCUGCAGCAGCUGGAGGUGGCGAUGGAGAACAACACGCACUGGCUGCGCAAGCUGGAGGACUCGGUGAGGGUGGAGAGGGCGCCGUCGCAGCAGCAACAACAGCAGCAGCAGCAACAGCAGCGGCAACAACAGCAGCAGCAACAGCAGCAGCAACAGCAGCAGCAGGAGCACGCGGCCGCCGCCAUGCUGGAGAUGGGCACCAGCCUGCUGAGCCAGACGGCCGAGCAGACGCGCAAGCUCACCCACAUGGAGACACAGGUGCUGAACCAGACGUCGCGGCUGGAGAUCCAGCUGCUGGAGAACUCGCUGUCCACCCACAAGCUGGAGAAGCAGCUGCUGCUGCAGACCCAGGACAUCGGACGCCUCGCGCAGAAGAACAAGGAGCUGGAGGUGCGGCUGUGGGAGCUGGGUGAUAAGCACCACGCGGAGCUGCGCGCUCUGCGGGAGGAGAAGGCCGAGCUGGAGCGACUGGUGGGGAGGCAGAGCCAGGCGGUGGGCGCGCUCGAGCGCCAGCUCGGAGCCGCCACCGCCAACAACUCGAGGCUGCAGCGGCAGCAGCAGGAGCUGACGGAGAGCGUGCGCACCCUGCUCGCCCUGCUGCCGCAGUACGCGCAGGCCACAGAGAGCAGCCACGGAGGGUCAACGGGCGGGGAGGAUGAGGAGGAGGAGUACGAGGGGGAGGAAGAGGCAGAGGAUGGGAAGAAGCCCCCGUUCAGAGAUUGCGCUCACGCUCGUCAAGCCGGAGUCACCAAGAGCGGCGUCUACGCCGUGCGGGCGUUCAACUCGAGCCAGCCCGUCAAGGUGUGGUGCGACAUGGAGACGAACGGGGGCGGCUGGACCGUGAUCCAGCGGCGGGACGACGGCGGCCUGGAUUUCCACCGCACCUGGGCGGAGUACAAGCUGGGUUUUGGGGAGCCGGCGGGAGAGCACUGGCUGGGGAACGAGCAGGUACACCAGCUGAGCAGCCAGCAGCCGCACGUGCUGCGCGUGGAGCUGGGCGACUGGGAGGGCCACCACGCCUUCUCCCUCUACGAGCGCUUCUCCGUCGCCUCCGAGAAGCAGCACUACCGGCUGUUGCUGAAGGGCUUUGGCGGCACAGCCGGGCGCUUCAGCAGCCUGAGCCAGAGCGGCGUCAGCUUCAGCACCAAGGAUGCCGACAACGACAACUGCGGCUGCCGCUGCUCACAGAUGGCGACCGGAGGCUGGUGGUUCGACGCGUGUGGAGCGUCCAAUCUCAACGGGCGCCACUACUCGGGGGGCCAGCACACGGGCAAAUUCAACGGCGUCAAGUGGCACUACUGGAAGGGCUCCAGCUACUCCCUGCGCACCACCACCAUGAAGAUCCGCCCCGCCGACUUCCACUCCUGACGCGACUAAACGUCGACUUGUCGCGCGACUCGCUACUCGCUACUCGCUGCUGCAGCUGCAGCUACCGCUGCUGCUGGUUAACGGUGGCGACGCUUGCUCUGGUGGUAGACGUAUGGGUAGAGAAAGUAGGGUCAGAUGAUUUAAGUUAUCUUCAUGAGCGGAGCAUCGGAGCAGAGAUUUCACCGCUGCUCCUCAAACCCCCCCACCCCCCACAUACCGUGCACCGCGCCCCCUCCCCCGCACUCGGAGGCUUAAUUUGCCACCUGGCCUGGUCUUUAUCCCAGGAUCGUCCUCUGUUUGAGUGAGAUAGCGGCCCUGGGACAUCUGUAAGUAAGCUGCGCAACAAUGCCCUACUCUCAACACGGUGCAUUACAAUGCAGUUUCGCCCCCUCCUCCAAUGCUGUGAAAGACAUUCUUCAGUCCAUGACUUGUCCUCAUUUUUUGUGGUUCAGAGGUGGCAACCCUGAUAGAGACACACACACACACUGCCCAACCGUCACCGCACUCCAGUAAAAGUAGAACUGCAUUGUUUAUAGUGUUAAUAUUAAAGCUAUGAUAUUAAUAUAUUUUAUCAUGGAUACCCCUGGAGUUUUGGAGCCCGAGACAAAUAUCCCCGUUUGUUACCUCCCCUCGAAUCUGGCCCCGGUAAGUUGGCUUGAGCAUCCAAAUAACCGCUCAGUUAUUGAUGGCGUUCGGCCGUGGUGACUGAUCACAACCAGCUCGUACGGGGUUGCCAGGGCGGGCGGUGGGGUGGGGGGGGUGAGGGUUUGGACGACUGCGACUUGUGGUGACGAUCUCUGUUUUGUUUUUGCAACAAUUAUUUAGCUUAUGACACCCCCCCCCCCCGCUCCUGUCCGUCUUUACAUCCGCCACCGAGACUUCCUGCGUUUAUUAAAAGCUGCAGAUGUUCAGAUGCUAGGUUUUUAUUGCGCACACGAGCUUGGCAGUAAAAACCCGCUCUGGGGUUGUGUGUGUGUGGUUUCUUUUUUGUGUUUCCCCGCCGCGGUUACGUUCACGCGCUCGAGCGUGCCUUAAGCGCGUGCGCUUGGGCCACAUGGCACGAUAUUCGAUCCGGCGGUAGUUUUUAAAGUGGGCUCAAAGCAGUUGUACGGCCACUUCCAUCCGAUUUGUUUUCGCGUUAUUUCAUCGACUCAUUUCUUUUUUUAUGCUGACAAUUUCACGUGCGUUUCCAAAGCUACGCAGCAUCCAAUUCGUUGUCAUGAAAAUACCAGGGCAAUAAUAUUAACAAUAAUAAUGCGAAGUUCAACGUGCAAGUUAUUCAUUAACACAUAUAUACAUACACGUUAUUUGUUAACAUUUAUCAAUGCAACUUUGUUUCAGUCAGGUGACAUUCUUGACAGUUUUCUGAAAGGCAAACAGUUUUUAACUGACAGAUAAAUUAUUUAUUAGCGAGUUAUUUGGUGAUGCUGCUGCUGCAUAGGCAGUUAUACACAAGCACAAAUAACAAAAAAAUCACUCAACACAUUCGUCAAUAACACUGUGGCCUUAAAAUAAUUAAAAUAUAUAUAAGAGGCGACGUUUUGAGCAAUGGCCCUUCUCUUAAUAAUAAAUAUUUGUUUUAUUUUAAAGGCAGUGUUAUAUUGACAAAUGUGUUGAGUUUUUUUAUGAAUGAUUAAGGUUUGAUUACAGAUGUUAGGGGUGUAACAAUGCAUCCGUUUAUCAAUUGAAUAUUCCCACGAUGCACCCAUUGAUGGUUUUAACGAAUUAAAAGCGCAUGUUGGUGGAAUGCUAAAGGUGCCGAUAGGGCUAAUGGCACGGGCACAAAUGUAAACAUAAGGUGGAAAAAAAAUAAAAGCACAGUAGAAAUAAGAUGUUGAAAAUGGCGACACGGAAGAAUUAAUCCUUGAAUGGGAUCACAGCCCCGAAUGUUGACAAUUCAUUAUAUUUGACAGGGGAUGUGAUUAUUUUCUCCAAACAAAUUUCAGCCCAGAUGCUUCAUCAUGACAAUGCCUGCUUUUAUUGCUGGACGGCUGAUUUUCUAAAGCCGCUCUCACCACAAGUGCAGAAGCACUUUGUUUUUUUUUAAGUCUCGGAAAGAUUACAGACGUUAUAUAUGUGCGUAAUACCGGUAUAUUGGUAUCAUGAAAAAAACACUUCACAGCGUGUGGUAACUACAUUUUAACAUCAUCUUGACAUAUAUAUGAGCCCUUUGUAUAUAAUAGUUAUAUAUUAACAUUUUCUUUUAUACCGUUUUAUAUUUUAAAGGACGAAUGUGCGUAUUCUGAUACACAAUAAAUAUGAACUGGAAAACACGUUGUGUUCUA